UUAGCUCAGCGGGGAGCUGCACUCCCAGUCGUGAUGCAGCUACAGUCGCCGAGAGCAAGACGAAGGCGGCCGGCGCACGCACCCACAGCACGGUCGCACGUACGUCGCCCUCGUCUCCGUGUCUUCUUCCUCCCCCCGCCCCUGCAAACCGAACAGCCAGCCAGCCGUUGUGUGACGCCGAGCAGCGGCAUGGGGUCGAAGAACCGGCCGGGGAGGUGGAUCGGCGGCGGAUCCAAGCUCGCCGUCGCAUGUCUCGCGGCGGUUGCGGUGACCUGGCUGCAGCUGUGCUGCCGCUCCGGCUGCUUCGCUGCGAGCGGCGGCGGGGACGAAGUGCGCCGUUUCCCCGAUCAUUUCGGUAGGCUGGACGGAGCAGGAGCCCAUUCCGGUGACCUUCUGGAGGAGGAGGGUGGUGGCCACCACGCCGGGCGUCGCCUGCUGUCGGGAGGGCCAGGGUCGCACCCGCCGCGGUGCACGUCCAAGUGCGGCAGCUGCAGCCCGUGCUCCCCGGUGCACGUGUCCGUCCCGCCGGGCGUGCUGGUCACCACGGAGUACUACCCCGAGGCGUGGCGCUGCAAGUGCCGCAACCGCCUCUACAUGCCGUGACAAUCACAACACCCACCCACCGUUCGCGGGUGGCAUGCAUCGCCCGUUCGUCGCGCACACACUCGCGGCGCCCGUCGCGUGCGCCGUCUCGAUCGCAACCGCAGGUAGGUGAACCGAACCGACCAUCCGCCGCGCGCUGAGGCUGAGCGAGCUGCUUGGCCCGGGCAGCAUGGCUGCAUGCGCGCGUGACGGAUGGCGCACGGGGCCGGGGCCUGGGCCGGGGAGCGGCCCUGCGUGGCUGUGGCAGUGGUGGGCUACUGUCGCAAUGGCUUUUGGUUGGACCUACCACGAGGGCGAUGGCGCAGGCCGCGCAGAGGAGGAGGUGAGGAAAGCUGCUGCCCCAGGCGCCUCUUCAUGUGAUCGCUGCGCAUAUCAUUCUUGGCUAGCUAGUAGCACCUCGCUUCCUGGUGAAAAUACUAAUACUACCGAGUACAUUUCUGUGUCAUUCUGAUGCAUCUCUCCGUUUUUUUAGCUGCAUGAUACGGAAGUUUGCGUUCUUAGGACACCACGAGAAUGUGAUUUGGCCAAAGAGCAUAUUAGAAAAAAUGUUAAUUAGCCACUCGAUAUCGGUGAUAUUAUUUUAUAGUUUUUAUUUAUUUUAGAGAGAAAAUACGAUGAAAGUAUCAGAAUACCAUUGUCUCUUUCGUAUCGAAGAAGCAGCAUGACAACGAGAACAAGCUCUGAAAGGAGGAGGUAAGGAGGCUCGGCGAGAUCCAUGCAGUGGAUGUAGAGGAGGACAAGCAAGAGCUGCUCUUUGUAUUCAGCAUCAUCGUCAUCUCAAGAAUAUUAUUUUGGUACUUUCAUCAUGUUCUCUCUCCAAAUGAACGAAAAUUAUAAAAUAAUAUCAUUGGUGUAUAGUGCAUAUUACUUUUUUGCGGUGCCCUUUGACUGAGUGAC